AUGGAUGCCCAAUUCGUUAAUUCAUUGGAAGAUACUUUGAAGCAAACUUUGAUUUCAGAUUCUUCUGUGAUCAAAGAAGCUUCACAAAAAUUAAGUAAAGAUUUUUAUCCAGAUCCAAAAGCAUUACCUUCAUUGCUUCAAAUUUUACAACAAUCAAAUCAAGAUGAAAUAAAAUUGUUAGCAGCAGUCGAGGCUAGGAAAUUAGCUCUUGAUAAUUGGGAAGGAGUUAACGCAUCAUUGAAACCAUCAAUAAGGGAGUCACUUUUAAAAAACACUUUUGCAGAACAAAAUAAAAGACUUAGAAAUGCAUCUGCUCGUGUUAUAGCAGCUAUUGCUGAAGUUGAUUUAGAAGCAAAUGAAUGGACAGAUUUAUUACCAAAUUUGAUUAGUGCAAUUCAAAGCAAUGAUGUUCAAACUAAAGAAGUUGCAGCAUUCACAUUAUUAGCUAUGUUAGAAUCACAAUUAACUGCAUUACUUCCUCAUAUCGAUGACUUUAUUACAUUGUAUGGAAAUUUAAUACAUGAUACAUCCUCAAAAGAAAUCAGGGUCAAUUCUGUUUUAGCAUUGGAUGUACUUUCACAACUUAUUGAAGAUACUGAUGAGGCUGAACCAGCAGUUUAUGAGAAAUUUAAAGCUACUAUACCUGGUAUGGUGGAAGUUUUGAAAGAAGUUGUUGCAUCAGACGAUACAGAACUGGCUAAACAAGUUUUCAAUGUUUUCAACGGAUUAGUCCUUAUUGAUACUGCAUUAGUUGGAGAUCAUUUGAUAAACUUAAUUAAAAUGAUUUGUGAAAUGGUUACAAAUACAUCAUUAGAUGAAGAUUAUAGAAUUUUUGGAUUACAAUUUUUAAUUUCAUGUGUUAGUUAUAGAAAAACUAAAAUUACAAGUAAUAAAUUAGGUCCUCAAGUAACUAUGGUUGGAUUAAAAGUUGCAUCAGAAGAAAUUGAUGUUGAAGAUGAAUUGGAGAAUGAAGAUGAAGAAAAUGAAAAUGAAGAAAGUUCACCAUCAUCAUUAGCAUUGAGAUUAUUAGCUAUCUUAGCUGCCGAAUUACCACCCUCACAAGUUAUUACCCCAUUAUUUGAAGCAUUACCACCUUUAUUGACAUCAAGUAAUCAAUUUGAAAGACGUGCGGCUUUAUUAUCAAUUGGAGUUUGCUCAGCUGGAGCACCAGACUACAUUGCUUCUCAAAUACAAAAAAUUAUCCCAGCUUUAAUCAAUGGAUUAAAAGAUCCGGAAAUUAUUGUUAGAGUUGCUGCUCUUAGAACUUUAUCACAAUUAACUUCAGAACUUCAAGAUAUUGUCACUGAUCACCAUGAACAGUUAUUACCUUUAAUUAUUGAAAUUAUAGAUUCCGCCUCAUCCAUAAUGGCCUAUAAAUAUGCUUGUUAUGCUUUAGAUGGAUUAAUUGAAUUCAUGAGUCACGAUGCUAUGAAUAAAUAUAUUGAACCAUUGAUGCAUAAAUUAUUCCAUAUGUUAAGUCAAGCUAAUUCAUCUACUUUAAAAACUGCAAUCGUUUCAGCUAUUGGAUCUACUGCUUUUGCUAGUGGUAAAGGUUUUACUCCAUUUUUCCAAGGUUCAAUUCAACAACUAGAACCAUUUAUUACAAAUUCAGCUUCAGUUGAUGGUAUGAGUGAGGAUGACAUUGAAUUAAGAGCAACUACUUUUGAAAAUAUAUCUACAAUGGCUAGAGCCGUGGGAUCACAAACUUUUUCAAUGUAUGCCAAACCAUUAGUUGAAGCUGCUUAUAAUUCAUUAAGUUCUGAACAUUCAAGAAUUAGAGAAUCAGGUUUUGCUUUUAUUGCAAAUAUGGCUAAAGUUUAUGGACCAGAAUUUGCAGGAUUUUUGGAUCAAAUUGUUCCUCAAAUUUUGUCAUGUUUAGAUCAAGAAGAAUUUACGUUUAAUGUCGAUGCUGUUGAAGGAGAAGGUGAAGAGUUAGAAGAAGUUGAUGAAGAAGCUGAGAAUGAUGAUCCAUUAAAAGUUCAUACUGGUAUUACUAUUGAAAAAGAAAUUGCAUCAGUAGCUCUUGGUGAAUUGGCUAUUGGUACUGGAAAAGAAUUUUUUAAAUAUGUUGAACCUUCAAUUACAGCAUUAGCUGAACAAGUUGCAAAUUCAUUUGGUAUGAGAGAAGCUGCUAUGAAUUGUUUAUUUAAAAUUGUUAAAGCAAUGUUUGUUGCAGUUCAAGGUAAAGAUUUUAAACCACCAAAAGGUGUUCCAAAAUCGUCCUACGUUGACUCAAGUAUUUUAGAAUUAAUCAAACAAGUCAGAGAUUUAGCUAUCCCUCUCUUGGAAGAAGAAUUUGAAUCAACAAUGGUGGCUUGUAUCUUAGACGGCACUUCAAAUUCAUUACAUACUUUUGGUUCAAUAUUUAUAGUUGAUAGUCCAAAUGAUACUUCAAGUUUAGAAAAAUUAUGUUUUUCAUUAAUGAACAUAUUGAAAAAAGAUCAUCCAUGUCAAUUAGAAGAUGAUGAAUUUCCAGAAGAAGAAGAUUCAUCAGAAACAGAAGUAUUAUUAAAUGAGUCAGCUUUAGAAGUAUUGAUUAAUUUAUCAAUUGCAUUAGAAGGUGAUUUUGUUAAAAUUUUUACAUCCUUUAAAGAUUUAAUAUUAUCUAAAUUUGAUAGUAAAUCAAAACCUUUAAAAGUGGGUUCUAUUGGUGCAAUUGCUGAAAUGGUUGGUGGAAUGAAAUCAUCAAAUCCAUAUUCACAAGAAUUAUUACAAGUAUUUCUUCAAAAAUUUUCAACUGAUAAAUCAAUUGAAGUUAAAGGAAAUGCAGCAUAUGGUAUUGGAUUAAUUGUUGAAUAUAGUCCAAUUGAUUUAACAUCAAGUUAUCCUCAAAUUUUAGAAUUAUUAUUCCACUUGUUAAAUAAAGUUGAUAAAAAAGCAGGAAAUGCAGAUGAUGAGGAAGCUAAAGAUGUAGUAAAUCGUGCUUAUGCAAAUGCUUGUGGAUGUGUUGCUAGAUUAAUUUUAAAAAAUCAACAAGCUGUUCCAUUAGAACAUGUUAUUGAGCCAUUAUUAGAUCAUUUACCAUUAGAAACUGGAUUAGAAGAAAAUACUCCAGUUUUUGAAGCAAUAAUAAAAUUAUAUGAAUCAAAUAAUCAAAAUAUAAUAUCACAAACUCCAAAAGUAGUUGAAAUAUUUGCAGGAGUUUUUAAAGCAGAAGAAGAAAGAAUAAAAUUAAUAAAUGAAAGUACUUUAGGUAGAGAAGAAAAUAUUGAUUCAAUGAAACAAUUUUCAAGUGAUGAAUUAAAACAUAAAGUUAUUGAAUUAUUGAAAUUCUUAAAUCAAAAAUAUGAUGGUGUUGUAUCUCAUAAUGAAAUUUUAAAAUCAGUCAUUUCAUAG